AUUUAAUUUUUAAAUCGCUAUAUAAUUUUCGCAAAAGCACCGUUACUUCUUGAGAAAAAUUGGCGUCACUCCAAAAUUUGCGGACAAUUAAUUGCCAGGAUUUUAUUAAAUAUAUUUAAAAAGUUAAAACUUGCAAAAUGCCAGCUCGUUCAUCAGAUGGCAAGAUAGUGGAAAAAUUGCGGGCACGGAAACCUGCGCAAAUAUGCAAAAAGCGUCCCACUCGAGUCGUUCCAAAAAGGCAAAUGCAACGUAGCAGAGGCGUAAUUGUAACGAUGUCUGUGGAGCAAAGUGGUGGAAUAUCUUUAAAUACACCCGAAUGUGUGGCGACGUCCCACUCAAGAAAAAUAUCAACUACGUCUGCAUUAUUCAGUCCUACGGGCGUAUCAAUCGGAGUUUUAUGUGAGAGUACAGAGAACAAAGAAGUGAUAGUGGAUAUGAAAAAUUGUUCUCAAGAUAAUGCAAACAUAGCAAUGGAUUUGAAUAAUUUAUCACCGGAAAUGAAAAUACCAUUGAAAACUAAAUCAAAGUCACUCGCAUGCGAACUUCGAAAUGUUUUGCACUUUCUAGACGAUCAACAGUUGGAAAAACUGUCUGAAAUCAAAAUUAAAAACAUCCAACAAUUGUUGAAUAUACCACUAAGGAAAUUGCUUGAAAUAAAACUCAGUAAAGACCAAAUACAGUUGCUUUUAGCUUUGGUAGAAAAAGAAAUUCAGGUUGAUUCAGUAGCGCCUGAAUUCACUCCCGAAGAAGUGCAGCCGAUGAGAGUUAUAGCAGAGGAAUUUCAAAAAUUGGACUCAAUUGAUGAUGAUGACGAUGAGAAACCAUUGGUAAUUGACGAAAGUCUACAUAUUAUUUAUGAGAAUAAAAACGUAUCAAAUAUUGAAGAACGCAGUUUGGAUGCUAUUGAGGACUGUUUUUCCAAAAUUCGUAAUGUCAAAGUACCUCAAGCGCGAGCUGCUCUACAAGAAGUACGCACGGAGUUAACUGAGAUCAUUGCCGAAUUGAGUAGAAAAGAAAACAGGAUAUUGGACAAUAUGAGUAAUAAUAAGAACGUUGUGAAAACAGCUGGUACUGAAGAAGCCGUCACAACAACUAGUAAAAUUCUCCAAACGUCACCGUUACACUCAAUUCUGCAACCGACAGUUUUGAUUAGAAAAUUGCCAACUCCAUUAAAGAAAAAGGAACUUAAUGUGGAUGCUGAUAGUACGACCAGUCUUGACCUUAAUUCGUCCAAUGUGAACAAAGUGGAAACUAUUGCCGAUGCAGCUGAAUCUAAGAAACCUGAACCAAUGCCGCUACAGAAAAAAGGAAGGAAACGUAAUAUUAAAGUAAUGAAUUUGGUGGAUGAUAAAGAUGGCUUAGAUAUAGCGGGUGCACCUCCUUCCGAAGUAUCUGUCGCCGAUCUUCCCUCUAAAGUUUCGGAAAACAAAUCACCUUCGUCGGAGUCUUUGCUAAUCAAUCAAACAUCAAAUAUAAUUGAAUCUAAGAAGUUCCAGGACAGUGGUUUAGUAUCAGAUGAUUCUAUGAAUGCAAAUGUUCAAGAGCUGACUAACCAUUUAGAUACCAGUGAUAAUGAUCUAGAAACCAAUAUAUCGCUUAAUUCGUAUUGUGAAGGAUCAAAAAUUCCAGCAAAACGGCGAAUUCAGUUCGACGCGAAACCAUGCGAUGAAGAUAGCCGUAGAAACAGUUCGAAUGAUGCAGACAAACUUGUAACAAUUACGAAUACACCAUUGUCACCCAUAUCUAAUGAAAUUAUGAGUCCAAUAAAAGCGAAUUCCUUGAUUAGUAAUUAUAAACCAGCUCUGGAGAUUGAUGGUCAAUGUGCAGGGAUGGUAUAUUUGGUCAAAGAAAUGGAUCUAACCAACGUUUCCAUAAACAAACCACAUAAUUUAGAUUUGUUGUUGCGUUCUAAUACCACUGAUCCUAGAUUGUUGAAGUACUUGAAGAAGGAAAACAGUACUGCGCCCUGCUCCACGACUCUUUGUGGCAUCAGCAAAGUGGUUCAAAGCGAUCCUCGUCGCUCGACUAGCAUUUACAAUGCGGAAAAAUUUCAAAAUCAACGAACACAAGAAUCAACACAGUCAACACCCAAUAUGCUGCUAUACGGGUGUUUGCAGCGGUCACCAUGGUAUCAGUCCCUCAUGUCUACAAUGAAAAUACAAAUAAAUCAAACCAUUUCGAUAUUGGUACGUGCUAUCAAUAAUUUUCAAAAAAUUCGCUUGGAUGAUCCAUAUGCUGUUUUUGAUAUAUUUAAACUUUAUUGCGCCGGCGAGUUAUUGGAAAUUUUGGAAAAUCUCGGCCUGUUCGUUGACGUUAACGGUGUCAUAUCUGAAAAGAAAAAUAUGAGCAGUUACGCGGGUCGAUCGUACGGCUGCGCUUCCGUUGUAAAUGCUACAUACAGUUUUAUACAACCGGUAGAUCCACACUCCGUAACAGUACAACAACAAAUGCGUUCAUAUACUUCGCCAGCGUCAAAUUUCGUUGCAUCACCUACAACAUUCCAACCGUCUGCACCAUUUAUAAGUUGCUAUGUGGAUUCGCCGCAAAUGGCAAUGGAUAAGCCCACACAAUUGCCGCAACCAUAUAUGUUUCGUCCAAAACCGUCACCAUAUCGUGCUCCACUACCGCCACGCCGACAUUGCGGUCUCAAGGUGCCCUAUUCGUCUAAAGCAGCUCUAACGCGCUCAUCGUUGUCUCCUAUAAAACCUCAGCCUCGUUGCUCGGACUCUGAAGAAGAAAACUGGGAUUUAGAUGAUGAUGAUAUCAAAUCAUCGACACCGAUAAAACCUUCACUUAGUCCAAGUUCUGCCAGUGAUUGCGACCAGCGCUCCCCAAAAUAUGAAAAAUCGUACGGAAAUGAAAAUAAACGUUACUAAUAAUCCGUAUAAAAAAUAAGUCAUUCAAAUCAACAUUGAAAUUGUUUGUUUAUUUCUUUUUCAAUUUUUUGUUAAGUUUUCUUUUACCUAGAAGGUAUCAGGCUUAAUAGCGAA